UCUUUCACUUACUCCUGUGAUUUGGAUCAUUGUCUCGCUGCAUAAUCCAGAGUGUCAAUUUACAGACAGAAGACCGGACAUUCUCCUUUAGGAUUUUCUGGUAGAGAGCAGAGUUCAUGCUUCCUUCAAUUAUUGCAAGUUUCUUAGGCCCUGAAGCAGCAAAGCACCCUUGCACUUCCACCACCAUGCUUGACCAUAGGCAUGAUGUCCUUUUUGUGGAAAUCUGUGUUUGGUUUACGCCAAAUGGAACGGGACCCCUGUUUUCCAAACAGUUUAACUUUCGACUCAUCAAUCCACAGAACAUUCUCCCAAAAGGUUUGAGGAUCAUCAAUGUGUGUUUUGGCAAAAUUCAGACGACCCUUAAUGUUCUUCCGGGUUAGCAGUGGUUUUCGCCUCGCCACUCUUCUAUGGAUGCCAUUUUUGCCCAGUGUCUUUCUGAUAUUGGAGUCAUGAACAGUGACCUUUAUUGAUGCAAGAGAGGCCUGUAGCUCUUUUGAUAUUGUCCUUGUCUCUUUUGUGAAUUGCUGGAUGAGUCAUUGCUGUGCUCUGGGAAGAAUUUUGGAAGGUUGGCCACUUCUGGGAAGGUUUACUACUGUGCCGAGUUUUUCCAUUUGGAGACAAUGGCUCUCACUGUGGUUCUUUGGAGUCCCAGAGCUUUUGAAAUAGCUUUGUAACCCUUCCCAGACUGAUGUAUUUCAAUCACCUUCUUCCUCAUCAUUUCUGGAAUUUCUUUCAAUUUUGGCAUAGUGUGUUACUGGGUAAGACUGGGAAAGUUUCAUAGAUUUGGGGAAUUAGUAACUAUGGGGCCAAUACAUUUUCACACAGAUCCAGUUGGUAUUGACUAACAAUUUAGUAUAAGAUAUACAUAAAAACAGAAGAAAUCAGAGCACUGUAUGUAAUAAAUAAAUAAAUAAAUAAAUAAAUAAAUAAAUAAAUAAAUAAAUAAAAACCUUGAACAUUUUUUUUUCAAUAGAACAGAGAAAAGAUUCCUGCUAAGGAGUGAAAUCAGAAAUUAGUUCUAUAUAAAAUAUAAAGAGCACGUACUUCUUGAAGAUAAAUGGUUUUUGCUAAAUUUCUCUUUUAGGGGCAUUGCUUCCCAUGUGCUUCCAACAGUUCAUGUCCUUUCAUGGGACACCAUGCUGACCAAUUUAAAGUGCCCAAUGGAGUGGAUAAGAUGAGGUUCCAACUGAACACAGGCGAUGCUCGGCCCUUCUCACGUUAUCGCUAUAAGGUGACCGUCACUAUUGAUGGCUCUCGAACUAAUGUAGGAUACUUCAAAGUGGCUUUAUAUGGUGUUGAUGGAAAUACUCGCCAGUAUCAGAUUCACAAUGGCAUGAUGUCACCUGGUAGUACCUAUGAGCUCCUCAUCGAUGUUGAAAAGGACGUUGAUGAAUUGACUCGUGUAAAGUUUAUAUGGAACAACAAUGUAUUAAACCCUUUGCUGCCUAAGUUUGGUGCCACUCAAAUCAUAGUGCAGAGAGGCCGGGACAGGAAAACGUUCAAGUUCUGUGGAAGUGAGCAGGUACGAAAGAAUGUCGUUCAGACCCUGUCUCCCUGCCAGUGAUGUAAAUUCAGAUAAUCACAAAUUUAAAGUUUGAAUAUAACAUCUCAAUAAAGGAUCUACCAUA